GAAACAUGUUCGGAUUAAUUCCAUACUUUAUUUGAUCAAUUUCUUAUCAGUAUUUAUUUACAUACACUUUGAAUCAAACUGAACAUGUUGUCUGGGAAUGAUUUAAGGAUUUUUGUAAUUUCUUCUGAAUCAAAAUGCUAAAACAAUUAGAUAUUCUAUAAACAAACAAAAGGAAAAAAUAAUAAAGAUUUCCUUUUUGUGUGUUUCAGACUUCGGAAAAAAAGUUGAAAGUAAUGCAGACUUUGAAAAUAAAUCAUCAAAAAGUAAUUUAAAAAAUCUAAAUUAAAAGCUUUAAACAAACGAUACAUCGUGAGGAAAUAAUUAUACUUCAAUAUUCCCAUAAACGGAUUAACUUGUACUUUUUAUACAAACUGCUUAUUUCAAAUGGCACAAGCGCCACUUAAAGAGGGAUUACAAAUACAGUGUGAUUAAAGUGACCUAAAUACUAUUAAUCCUAUAGACUUUCUUACCUUAAACUGUGGGUUGGUCUGUGAAGCCGAUUAAAUUUUAUUGUUUUUCUUAACGGCAGUUGCUAGAAGAUUACUCUUAUUACUCAUAUGGACGAGCACAAAGUGUGAUCAUCUUAGUGAUAUUCAACAGAAUUAAAAGAAAGAAAAAACAGAUAUUCUAAGACAGUUACGGUAAACUAAAGUGGAAUAAUGGAUAUUGUAAAAAGAAGCCUGACUUGCUUCCGCAUUCUUAUACUAGAAAGCUGAAAAACAACAUUUGGCAUGAAUCGACUUGAGUAAAUUAACACAAGAUAAAACCAACCACUGGAGUGAAUAUUAACAAAAGAUAAAAAUAGCAACUGGCGUGAAUCAAUCAAGUAGGUAUCCCAGGAUAGACAACACCAGCAAAAAUGAAUGAGAUACAGAGGUCAGUGUUGCAGCGGCACUACAAGCAGUUGUCUGAUGAUAUAAUGAUGACAGAAGAUCUGCUGGCCGCUCUCUUCACAAGAAAGGUGUUUGAACGAGGGAUGAUUGAAACUAUAAAGGCUGAGAAGACACCUACUGACCAGGUGUAUAAAAUGUUGUCCAUGCUACCCAAAAGAGGACCAGAUGCCUUUGACAUCUUUGUUGACAUUGUAAAAGAUGAGUAUCCAUGGCUUGCAGCUAUGCUGGAAACCAGUCUGAGGACAGAGUCACAAAUGCAGCUGAGCCGUCAGAAUUCUCUUCUCAACUUAGGCUGUACAUCUGCAACUGAAACCCAGUUAGAUGGAUGUACACUAAGACAACCUUUGGAAGUCAAUGCUGAUUCUGAUGUUAAGACCAAAGUGGGAACCUUUAUCCAUAAACAGUUUGGGCAGAGCAAGAGAAUUUCACAACAAGACAAAAAGGUCAUGGAGAAAUGGCUGUUGGAACAAAUACAAUCUGAGAGGAAAUCGAGGGCCAAAAAAAGUUCAAUCUCAACUGAAGAGGAAACACAAGACAGAAGUGCAUGUACAAGUCCUGAUCCUAUCCAGGGAGACUUGCAGAAAGUUUAUAACAAAGUCAGAGAUGAAAAUCUCAGUGACCUACUAAACAGUGUGCAUGCAAAUAAACACUUUGAGGGUGAUAAUGAGACCAAAGACUCUGAUGAAAUUGAUGCAUCUUUCAAAAACAAUACACCAAUGGAUUUGUCAACUGUUGUAUCAAAACUAGAUGGAGAAAUAGAUAAACUUAUAAACAGAAUGAACCAUAUGGAGGGACUGUUGACACAGUGCCACUAUAUUCUUGGAGACCCAGAUAGAAAACAGAAACUGCCAACUCUGAUCAAAGACUCCCAAGUGGCUAGUAAACAGUUUGAAAAAGAUCUCAACAAGGAGAAAGCUAAGACUGAAAAGAUGCUCCAUGAAUUAUAUGACUACUGUAAGUCAAUUAACAGACUUGAAAAUGUUAGGCAACAGCAAAGACUGACAAUUGAAAAGAACACUGAAGAAAUUGAAAAGAUAAGAGCAGAAAAUGCUGUUCUUAGAGAGAAAUGCACCAUGCUUGAAACAGUCAACAAUAAACAUAUGGAAAAAGAGAAGACACUUAAUAACUUGAAGAAGAUGGUAGAUGACCUGAAGAGUAGUCAUACCAAUCUAGCAGACGAGAAUGCCAAUUACAGAAUCAAUUAUGGAACAGGUGCUUUAAGAAACAAUAGAAGGGUAGGAGUAAGAAAUGUAACUAGAAGGGGGUCAACAGUUGCUGACACUAUGGUAACAACAAACAGAAAACCAGCUACAAAACAAGUAUUUACCUCAAGUAGAAGAACCAAACCAUUAAGCAGAUUCCAGUAAAAUUUCCAUUCAGUGGAACUGACAGAAAAAUAUUGCUGAAAACUGUGACACGAAGAUCCACUUUGAAUAGAAGAAAUGAGGUGCUACAAAAGUUUUAGCACAUGAAAAACCAGGAGAUUCCAAAGUAUAUCAAAAUGUAGAUGAUAAACUUAGCUGAUACAUUGUCUUUCAUGACUCACUAUAAUUAAGUGCUUUUAUUUCCUCAAAAAACUGAAGUUGCAGGCAACUUUCUCAGUCAGUAAAAAAGAAGGGAAAAAUAUUGUAAUAAAUAUUGAUAUCACUGCAUUUUUUCACCAGUAUCAAAAGCUCAUAUCCAUAUCUGUAAAUCUAUUCUCACAGACUGCAUAUUUUAAGCUUUCUUAAAAGAACAUUUGUUUUCAGGUAACAGACAGAUUUCUUUGAAAUUUUACUCAUUUGCUGGAUUCGCGUUUAAUAAAAAAUAACUGUUAAGAAGUGCAGGUCACUCUGUUUAUUUUAAAUUCAUUUCAAGCUCUAGUUUUUUACAAAUGCAAAACUACCAAAAUAUGCAAAAAUGAUCUCAUUCCUUUUGACCUUCAUAAUUUGACAAACAACUACUUUUUACAACACCUUCUUUUUUUAUUAUAAAUCAUUCCAUCUGAAAACAAAUGACAUCUUCUGAAAAGAAUUCAUGCAGAUGAAAACAACAACAAACAGAUGUGCCUUUAAAAGGUACAUUAACUAAUACAUAAAUUCAUUUCUAACUAUUAACUGUGGAUAAGGGUAAGCUAUAAUGGUUGAUGAACCAAUGAUGAUGAUGAAAACAUGUUACAUGAACUGUACUUUUUACAUUUUCACAGUUCAUAUUCAAUUUGCAAGAUUUUUUUUUCAUUUGUCAAGUUUCAAUUUGUCUUACAAGAUAUAAUUACAAACCUGGAACAAAGUUGGUGAAGUUAACUACUAGAGCUGUCAUUCAGUUUCAAUGACAACUACCUAUAUCAAGAUGCAUAGUAGAUGAAGAAACUAAAAACUGGUUAACAGUCACAGAACUAUUGUUCCUGGGUUGGAGACAACAUCACUGAACCAUCAAAAAAAAAAGAGAAAUUCACUCAUCCAAGUGAGGUUAAUGAAACAUGUCUAUUUGUUUGUAAACAUACAUCGAUAAAAUAUAUGAAACUAUCAUUUUGUAAACGACAACAAAUAGGGCAAAAGUUUUGUUCAUCAUGUACUGCUGCCAUCAUAAUAAUGAUGCUACAAAAAGUAUCACUGAUUUUGUUAUUUCUUUUGUCUAUUUGAUGCUUCUGCAAAGGAUAAUAAAAUUUUAUUAAUAC